CUUCCUCAGUAGUCAGUCAGAAACUACCCUGUUCCUGUAUAAGUUAGGAGACUAAAACACCGAACACAAAAGCUCCUCCCUUUCAGCACAUCUGGAACGGCAAAGAUUUGGAGAGGCACAUACCAACAUUCUUUUGAACCACUGGACAAACACGGAUAACGUAACACAAUUGGGUUAGUAAGACCAGCUAUACCUUUCUUUUGCAGACUUAAAGUACCCAACUGUGAACUGUGGUUUCCCUGAACACACCCUUGUGCUACUCGGGUCUGGGAGUCCACCUUCAACUGUUUACCACUGAGUAUUAUCACAUCAUUUCUACAGGAUGCCAUUAGGAGGAGGAAACAAAUGUGGCCGCUGUCAGAGGACAGUGUACUUUGCAGAAGAGGUGCUAUGCGAUGGGCGGAGCUUCCACAAGGCUUGCUUCCUGUGCAUGGUGUGUCGGAAGAAUUUGGACAGCACAACUGUGGCAGUUCAUAUGGAUGAAGUCUACUGCAAAGCAUGCUACGGAAAGAAAUAUGGUCCAAAAGGUUAUGGUUACGGUCAAGGAGCAGGCACCCUCAGCAUGGACAAGGGAGAGGCCUUGGGUAUUAAGCAUGAGGAACCAGCCCCUCAUCGUCCCACCACCAAUCCAAAUGCUUCCAAGUUGGCUCAGAAGUUUGGGGGGGCAGACAAAUGCCCUCGCUGUGGAAAAUCUGUCUAUGCUGCUGAGAAAGUGAUUGGAGCUGGGAGUUCAUGGCAUAAGAAUGGAUGUUUCCGCUGUGCUACUUGUGGGAAAGGUCUUGAGUCAACCACACUAGCUGACAAAGAUGGAGAAAUUUACUGCAAAGCGUGUUAUGCCAAAAACUUUGGUCCUAAAGGAUUUGGAUAUGGACAGGGUGCCGGGGCGUUGGCCCAUACCCAAUAGAGACCACCCACGGAUGAAUGAGGCCCACGGGUGACAUGGAUCUGCAGGAGGACUCCCAGAGUCCUGCACUACCGCCUUCGUCCACCAGGGGGCAGACUGAUGCCAUGACACAGUAUAAUCGCCUGAUGGACACAUGCUUCAGAGAGCUGCUUUAUUUACAAUAUGGGAAAGACCACACCACAGUAGAGUUAUUAAGGCCAAACAGGAUGGAUCUGUAGUUUUAGACUAAAUGCUGAUACAUAAUCUACAUUUAAUUAACCCUUAGAGACCUUCAAAUAUAGUUGUGGCAACUUCAAAAGUUUUUUUCUCUAUAAAUAACCUUUCAUAACUGAUUUACUGUAAUAUUAUUUUUGGCAUUUUUCAGAAGAAAUCAGGUAUUUUCCUGCAUUAAAUUUAUUGAUUAUGUAGAUAUCAAUGAGAGCUCAGAUUAUAUUAGAAGGUUACACUGGUCUACAGCAUUAUUAUCUGCCUCAGAGAUUAAAAGUGGUAAAUUUUACAUACUUUAAUAAGAUGAAUUGGAAAAUAAAUGAUAAAAGUGCUGGUUAGCUGAUGCUUUCAUUGUAUGUGGUAAAGUCUUAUUACACAACUAUAUUGGUGUAUGUAGAUUUAUACAAUAAAUGUAUAUAUCUUCCACUAGAGAGGACCUGAAAAGUAAAUGUAUUAUAAUGUGCAGACAGAUGUAAAUCUAGCAGCCAAACAAUCAGUCCUUUUGAGUCAAACCCAUUCUCUCAUUAAUUCUCAGAAUUUCACAUUCUGAUUUAAGACUGUAUCUUGGAAACAACAGCCAAACAUAAUUUUUUACUUAAUUUUUAUUAAUUAGAGACUCAAAC